CAUGGUCGCGAGACCAUCACAACACCAUGCGAAGGAUGGCGGAGAUUCAGCCCACACAGGAGAAAAGCUCCUGGAUUUCAAGUUGGCUUCCCUCUUGGUGUCCCACUUCACCUUCUCACCUGAAAGAUGCAGAGGAAAAAAUGCUCAAGAGUGUGAAGCGUCCUUUCUCCAGGCAGCACGUCAGGAUAUCAGACAGCAACUAUCUGUGGACCAUCGCUUUUUCCACUCAGCCGCAGCCACGGUCCCCGUCCGAGCCCCCUGCCCAGACCAGGACCCCUCUGGUUCUGCUUCAUGGCUUUGGAGGAGGGGUUGCCCUUUGGGCCCAAAACCUGGACUCUCUCUCCAGCAGUGGACCAGUCUACACCCUGGACCUGCUGGGCUUCGGCAGGAGCAGCCGACCCCAGUUCAGCACGGACCCCGAGGGGGCUGAGGAGCAGUUUGUGGUGGCCCUGGAGGAGUGGAGGGAGAAGGUGGGCCUGGAGGAAAUAGUGCUGCUGGGACACAACCUCGGGGGAUACCUGUCUGCCGCCUACACACUCAAAUACCCACACAGGGUAAAACAUCUGCUGCUGGUGGAGCCAUGGGGGUUCCCAGCACGUCCCGACAACCCCAACCACAGCUCCAUCCCAGUGUGGAUCAGAGCCAUGGGGGCUGUUAUGAGCCCCUUCAACCCUUUGGCUGGACUCAGACUGGCUGGGCCUCUAGGUCCAAUGCUGGUCCAGACAACCAGGUCUGAUUUCAAGCAGAAAUACUCUUCUGUGUUUGAAGACAACACAGUAUCUGACUACAUCUACCAUCUGAAUGCCCAGUCUCCAAGCGGAGAAACAGCCUUCAGCAACAUGACCAUUCCCUAUGGCUGGGCUAAGAGGCCCAUGCUGGAAAGAAUCAGCCAAGUCCAGGCUGACAUUCCCAUUUCCUUCAUUUAUGGAUCACGCUCCAGCAUUGACAGUGACUCCGGAUACGCGUUCAAGAAAACCAGACCAGAUGUGCAAAUCAAGGUGAUCAGAGGAGCAGGACAUUACGUUUUCGCCGACCAGCCGGAUGAUUUCAACCAGACGGUCCUUCAGAUCCUCGCCAAGACAGAGAAGAGAAGCCAAGACGAGGGAACGAAGGAGUGAGAGCUCCCUCAUUCAGACGUUUUGAUAAUCAUUACACAGCUGUUUAACUGUAAGCCUCUUUAUCAUGCACUUUACUCUUAAGAGAGGACCAUCACUGACUUUCAGUCAUUCCACAGUCUAUAAAUUAUUUUCAUCAUUCAGUAUUCCAGGUUUUCCUCAAUUAGUUUGUUUUUGAUCAUCAUACAUCCUAUUUUUUAUGUUUUCCUUUAUUCAUGUUUUUAAUAAAAUCCCUUUUUGUGUCACUACUCUUCUAAUGUACAACAUGGGUCAAAAAUGACCCAUAUCCAUUUUUUUUUAGCUAAGUAGCUUGUUACGCUAACUAUUUAGCUAACUUUUUGGCUAAGUAUUUAGCUAAGUAGCUUGCUAAGCUAGAUGCUUAGCUAACUUCUUGGCUAAUUAGUUAGCUUAGCAAGCUACUUAGCCAAGUAGUUAGCUUUAUAAUAAUUCAAAAAACUUUUUUUCUUCAUAAAGUAUGAGAGGCAAAAUGGAAAUAAUGAUCUGUUGUUAUCAAAAACAAGAUAUUUACUUGGAAUACUCAAUCAUAAAAUGAGUUGAUAUCAAAAGAUAGAGCACAGAAACACACAGCAGCAUUAAAUAACAUGGGAAAUGAAUGUGGGUCAUUGUUGACCAAUGUUGUGCAUAGAAGCUGGUCAAUAUGUUGUGCAUCAAAGGGUUAAGGCUGGGGGUCAACGCUCACAUGAUGCCAUGGGUUUCUUUAUCCAACCUCUAUAAAGUUUUGUAAAUAAAU